AAAGAAAUAACCAGCACCGUAGAAGUGGUGCAAGCUGCCGUGUGCCUCCGGAGCGUUGUGUUUUCUCGCACCUGCUGCAUGCAUGCAGUGGGCUAGAGCAGAAGGCAAAUGCAGCAGCAGCAGCAACAGCAGCAGCGCUUCCGCUGAGAAUAGUUGGACAGGCAAGAUAGCGGCACCGGCGUGUUUUGUGCGAGGCGUGUAUUCUUUAGCAGAUGCCGAGGAACUUGGUGCUGGAGCUGAGCGGCCGAUGCCACCUGGACCGAUGAGUGUCCCGCCAGAGUCGGAGGCAACAGGGGCAGCAGCAAAUCAUCCCGAAAACCUAACCAAAUAUCCAGAGAAAGAACAUUUUCACGCAUAAGAAUUAGGGGUGGAAAGAGCCUUUUGAAGCGCAUCCAUAAUGGACAACAUGUAGUCUUUGGGGAGAUGCUGUGGAGAUCAAAAGGAGCCAGCAAGGAGCAUUCGAGGCAAUUCUUUGGGGGCCUUUUCUGUCAUUGUUCUCAUCUUCUGUUCGUGCUAUUUGCUGACCUUUCCCAGUGGAAUCUGUGCUCCCCCUCCCCAUUUGCUCCACCCCACGCACUUCAAGCCGAGAAGAUGUGCCAGCCUCCGAAACUGUGCCGCAGGACCCCUCGCAAGACGCCCUGAACGGACGAUCUACCUUUCUGUCGAAAUUAUUUCUAAUGACACUGCCUUGUUGCCGAUCAGCAGGAAAUAAAAUCAGAAGCUCCAGGGGAAGGAAUCGGCACGAUGGAAAGGAAAACCAUCUGAAAAUGCCUAGCUGAGAAGGGAUCGUAAAACCCUGGUUCAUUUUUGAAAUAACUCGAUAGCUAAAACCUGCAAAGGAGAUCACAGUUUGCGAGGUCCGACACGGGAAAUGCUGCUCCAAAUAGAAAUAAAUAGCAAUGAUUGAUAGCAGCUUGUCAUCUCGGAGUGCUUUUAACCACCUGCUUUUGGUUUGCGAGUGUAUUUCCGGCCUGUAUGAUGCCUGAAGACAGGAAUACGGGGGUCCGUGCCUCAGGUGCCUUAACAGCAUCCCCCUUUGUUCCCAAAACUACCUACAGGAGAAUUAAGCGGUGUUUUAGCUUCCGCAAAGGUAUUUUUGGGCAGAAGCUGGAAGACACUGUCCGAUAUGAGAAGAGAUACGGAAACCACGUGGCUCCCAUGCUGGUGGAACAGUGUGUGGAUUUUAUUCGUCUGCGUGGGCUGAAAGAGGAAGGGCUGUUCCGACUGCCGGGUCAGGCGAACCUCGUGAAGGAACUUCAGGAUGCUUUUGACUGUGGGGAGAAGCCGCUGUUUGACAGAAACACGGAUGUACACACAGUGGCGUCCCUUUUGAAACUGUACCUCAGAGAACUCCCAGAACCAGUUAUCCCUUAUUCCAAGUAUGAAGAUUUUCUUUCCUGUGCCAAACUGCUCAGCAAGGAGGAGGAAACGGGGCUAAACGAAUUAGUGAAACAAGUCAAGAGUUUGCCGGUAGUCAACUACAACCUGUUGAAGUAUAUUUGCAGAUUCCUGGAUGAAGUCCAGUCCUAUUCUGCUGUGAACAAAAUGAGCGUGCAAAACCUUGCCACUGUGUUCGGUCCCAACAUCCUGCGUCCCAAAGUGGAAGAUCCUCUGACCAUCAUGGAAGGUACCGUAGUGGUCCAGCAGUUGAUGUCCAUGCUGAUAAGUGAACACGAACUGCUGUUUCCCAAGGAUGCUGACAUCCAAAGCGGGCAGGAGGUAUGUAACAACAACAACGAGAUCCAAAAGAAAGUCAUCAUUGGUCAGCUCCAGAACAAAGAGAACAACAACACAAAGGAUUCACCUGUAAAACGCUGCUCCUGGGACACACCCGAGUCUCCUCAAAGAACCAUCGUGGACAACGGGUCUCCUACAGCACAGCCUGGGAGCAAGUCAAACAGCCCCAGGAACAGCAUUCACAAACUGGAUGUCACCAGAAGUCCACCCCUCAUGGUGAAAAAAAAUCCAGCAUUUAAUAAAGGCAGUGGCAUAGUCACCAAUGGGUCCUUCAGCAGCUCUGUGGAGGGCCAAGAGAAAACGUCACCAGCCUUACCCAAUGGUACCUUGCAGGCCAGAAGAACUUCUUCGCUAAAAGGGCCAGUAACCAAAAUGGGCACCCACAGUGUGCAGAACGGAGGUGUGCGGAUGGGUAUUUCCAGCACUGAUACCCACAGCAGUUCUCUGAACAGCCGCAACCACAGCUGGAUGCCCAAUGGGUAUGUGACACUGAGAGACAGCAAGCCCAUGAAUGACUCGGGCCAACACAACAGACUCUCUACGUACGAUAACGUACACCAGCAAUUCUCUAUGGUAAAUGCCGAAGACAAGCAGAGCGUUGACAGCGCCACUUGGUCCACCUCCUCAUGUGAAAUAUCCCUCCCUGAACAUUCCAACUCUUGCCGGUCUUCUACCACCACCUGCCCCGAACAAGACUUUUACGGGGCCAAUUUUGAAGACCCUGUCUUAGACGAACCCCAACACGAAGAGCUCUCCAACCCAGGAGAUUACGAGAGCAAAGGCGACCGGAGGAGUGUCGGAGGGCGCAGCAGCCGGGCGACCAGCAGCAGCGACAACAGCGAAACCUUUGUGGUCAACAACACAAGCAAUCACAGUGCUUUGCACAGCCUCGUAUCGAGCUUAAAGCAGGAAAUGGCCAAGCAGAAGCUGGAGUAUGAAACAAGGAUAAAAAGUCUCGAGCAGAGGAAUCUCUCCCUGGAGACCGAAAUGAUGAGCCUGCACGACGAACUGGAACAAGAGAAGAAAAAGUUUACAAUGGUAGAAAUUAAAAUGCGCAACGCCGAGCGCGCCAAAGAAGACGCUGAGAAGAGGAACGACAUGCUGCAGAAGGAGAUGGAGCAGUUCUUCUCGACGUUCGGGGAACUGACGGUCGAGCCGCGUCGGCCCGAAAGAGGGAACACCAUAUGGAUCCAAUGAGCACAGCUGACCAAGACUGUGGGAUUCUGGGGGAAAGGGUGGUGAGGACAUUUCACUGUAACAGGUGGCUGGUCACCUGACUGAGGCUAGCACUCAAUGUAACACUGUCGAAAGAAAGCGCCACGUCCACGUCCACCAACUGCAUCGGCGGCGUGUCCUUUUCAAAUCGGCAAAUCAUCCCCUUUGAAUGCAUCAUCCGCUACUGUCAUGUGUUAUCCCUGGGUUUGUGUAUAUAGGUUUUAAAUAGGUCAUCUUGAGGAAGAAAACAUAGAAAGAGAUGAGGGGGUGGGGGGAAAGAUAUUUUAGAGGCAAGUCUUAUAUUUAAACCGACAUGUCAUUGCAAUCAAGCUUUAUAUUGAGGCUUUUCUCCUUUGCACUUAACAUAAUAAGCUAUUUUUGGCAUUGUGUUACCAUCGGCUUAUUUUGUAUAUUAAUUUUCUUUCUGUUGCCCCUCUGCUGGGGAAUUGAGAUAAAUAUAUAUAAUGUUAGCUAUUAAACAAAAAAGAUAGUGUGACUGUGCUGUUUGUGCCAAUAGAUCUGCCCAUGACCAAAAAAAAUACCCCACAAAAAGUGUAAAUAAUUUUAUAAAAAUAUAACAUGAGCAUCUAAUAACUUCAAA